AUGUUGCCGCUGGCACCUCUCCUCUGCGCAGCCUCGCUCGUCAAAUCGCCGCUCCAGCGCGCGCUCUCGGCGCCUCGAGCCGUGCUGGUCGACAUCGCGCAGGACCCGCGGCUCGCGCCGCCCAGCGCGUUCGACUUGGAGGAGCUCUCUACGCGCUGCCGUGACGCGGGUGCCGCUGCGCUCGUGGUGCCCUCGGAUCUGCUUGCUGCCUUCGCCGCGGAGCAGGCCACGGCGGCGAGCUCGUACCCUGGCCCGCUGCCGCUCAUCUGCCAGCUCCAGCCCUCUGUGGGUGGCGGCGGCAGCGAGGCGGCCGGCGAGGCGCCGCAGCCGCUUGCCGAGCCUUCGUCGCUCAAGCUUGGCGAGCUGCGCGCGCUCGGCGCGGAGGGCGUGAUGGUGCGGAGCUCCGCCUUGGAGGGCGGGGCGGCGCUCGCCGACCUCGUCUCUGCAGCCGAGGCGGAGGCGCUCCGCGUUGUGGUGCUGGCGGGCCGCGCAGGCGAGGCGGACGCGGUGGCCGGCGCGGGCGCCGUGGCGGUGGUGUGCGAGGGCGACGCCGGCGACGCGGAGAGCCUCGCGGCGCUGCGCGAGGCCGGGCUGGAGCGGGUCUACCUUGAGGACGCGUGCGACGGCGACCUGGUGCAGGGGGCCGGGCGCUGCUGCGCGCUCAUCGCCGCGGCGCGCAGCAAGCAGAGCCGCCAGUGGAGCGGCAGCAUGUUUGGCGUGAGCGGCGACGCGCCGCCCGAGCGGAGGAACCCGCUCGCGUGGGCGCAGUCCAAGCGGCAGGCGAGGGAAAUCAUGCACGACAGCGCGAGCAGCCGCGGCCUGCCGCCGCCCAAGCUGCGCAAGUGA